UAGAUAGCGAAGCCCAUUUCUGAUGGCUGCACAAGAAACAGCGUUGAACAAAAUCAUGUAAUCAGUCUUUUUAUAUUAACUGUACAAUGCAAUGAUAGCGUUUUACCUAUCGGUAAGAAUAGAAAGAAAGAACUCGACGAGUGGGUUAAUCUCUAUUGUACUACAUCUAUGCAGAUUGGAGUAGCAGUCUCCCCUCCCUCCCUUGUGUUAUGUUUGUACCCUGUUUUUGUACCUUGUGCUGGGCAGUUAUUUUGGUGCAAUGACAAAUUAAACCGAAUUAGAGCGAUUCAGGAGGACUCUUCCACCGAACAGUCCGAUCACACCGGAUUUCUGCGCAGAUCUUCAUUUAUGCGAUGAAGUAACAGGCUUUGCUAGCAUGUCAAACUUUGCGAACUGCAUCUGUUGAGACGAGGACAAUAGCUCGCUGAGAACAUUUCAAGAUCUGUGGAUUUCACUUGAAGAUCAACAUGAAGUUCGCCCAGAUCAUGCUGAAGAACAGCUCAAAGCUGAACAUACCUAAACAAGUGGACAGAUUUUCAAAGUACUCUCCGUCCCCGCUGUCAAUGAAGCAAUUCAUUGACUUUGGAUCAGCCAAUGCCUGUGAAAAGACCUCCUUCAUGUUUUUAAGGCAAGAGCUUCCUGUCCGUUUAGCCAACAUCAUGAAGGAGAUCGACUUUCUCCCGGACAAACUGCUCGGCACUCCUUCACUUAAGCUGCUUCAAAGCUGGUAUGCGCAGAGUUUGAUGGAGCUUGUUGACUUUUUGGAGAAAGACCCUGAUGAUAAAAAAAUCCUAACUAAAUUCACAGAAACGCUGAUCAAUGUCAGGAACAGGCACAACAAUGUGGUGCCCACCAUGGCACAGGGAGUGCUGGAGUACAAGGAGGCCUUUGGCGUGGAUCCCGUGACCAAUCAGAACGUCCAGUAUUUUUUGGACCGCUUCUACAUGAGCCGAAUCUCCACACGCAUGCUGAUGAAUCAGCACACAUUAAUCUUUGAUGGCAGCACCAAUCCAGCCCACCCCAAACACAUUGGCAGUAUCGACCCAAACUGUGAUGUUGUGGAGGUUGUAAAAGAUGCCUAUGAGAGUGCCAAGAUGCUGUGUGAUCAGUACUACUUGACCUCUCCCGAAGUGGAAAUCAAACAAGUGAACUCCUGUAGUUGUUUGACAGUGUGGAAUGGUGCCAACAAAAUGUGUUGGGUGGGGAUUAUAGUUAAAGGACCCAGUGACCCUAUACAUAUAGUUUAUGUGCCUUCUCAUCUGUACCACAUGCUCUUUGAGCUCUUCAAGAAUGCAAUGAGAGCAACUGUGGAAACCCAUGAGACCAGCCUACAUCUCCCACCAAUCAAAGUGAGAGUUUCUCUAGGAAGUGAAGAUAUGACCAUCAAGAUGUCUGACAGAGGAGGUGGGGUUCCUUUGAGGAAAAUCGAAAGGCUUUUCAGCUACAUGUAUUCAACUGCACCGAGUCCUGUGGCUGAAAACAGCCGUAAUGCUCCCCUGGCUGGUUUUGGCUAUGGUCUUCCUAUUUCCCGCCUUUAUGCCAAGUACUUCCAGGGAGAUCUGCAGCUCUACUCCAUGGAGGGAUAUGGCACGUCGGCAGUCAUAUACCUAAAGGCCUUAUCCACUGAAUCAAUAGAAAGACUUCCUGUCUUCAACAAGUCAGCCUUAAGGCAUUAUCAAACGAGCAUGGAGGCAGACGACUGGUGCAUCCCAAGCAGCGAGCCCAAGAAACUAGGAAAGUACGAGUACAUUGUUUGAGAGGAAUGAGAAGCUCCUACGAUAAACAUAAGGACCGAACAGGACGAACUGUAGAGGAGUUCAUUUGCGUAACCAUCUAUGUGACUGUUGAGGUAUUUCAGACGCUUGGUUUUAUCAAAGGGUUGAUAAUUGACUUAAGAAUGUUACAGUCUGAAUAACAAGGGCAUUUUUGUCUUCCACAUCUCACAUUGCUUAUAAUACACCAUUCACUUCAUUUGCGUUGCUAACUCUUUCAUUCAGAAUUUCACAGGACAUUCUUCUUCUGUGAUGUCUGAGACUUGUUUGAGCACUUGUUGAUUCCUACACAUUACCACAGAUUCUGUAAGUGUGUUUUAGGGUAUGUGAACUUGUGUUUUAGUCAGUGGGGCCAAGUUACCAGCUUUGUGUGAGUUAUAGCAUGCAUCUCUAGCAAAUAUUUGGGAGAAUACAGAAGCAUCUGAAAGUAACCAAGGCUUUAUAUAUUUUCCUUGGUUAAAAAUGCAUUCACAAUGCAAACAUUAGAAUGACCAUAGUUGUGUGUUGCUUGAUUGUGAUAUUGAAAUGUUCCUCUAACAGUUGGACCUACUGUCUAACACUCCAUUUAGUUUUGAGUGUAAAAAUGUGAUGCUAUCAAAAAGGCCAAAUCAUUUCAUAAACAUGCAAGAGUUGUUUUUGCAAUGACAUCCAAGUUACUUCACUGACAUUAAAAACAAUGAAUUUAAUUUGACACUCUUAUCUAAUAUGUAAUAAUAAUAGAUUUGUUCAAUAGAUUUGAAUAGAGUUGUGUUAGAAGAAACCGACAAAGUAAGUUUGGGCCCAAGUUCGUUGCUAUGUUAAUUCAUUUAUUUAAAACUGGCUAGAUGGAUUAGACAGUGUUACUUUUUGCUAUGUGUGAAGCUUUUUGACCACAAAAAUGUAUGAUCUUUGUGACAACAGCUUCUGGCUGAACAUUUCAGGUAUUCUGUAUGAACAAAAAUGACAUGUAGCUCUAUUUGAUUCAUUUUUUAGCAUGAAAACACUGAAGAGGCAAUAUUUUCGUUAUUUUUAUUUGCGUAUAAAUGAAAGAAAAAUGAAAUGGCUUGUUUUAAAUGCUACCUGGUUUCAUGGCAUUUACGUACCUGGGUGCACUUUUUAGCGUGACAUGAAAGACGUACCAAUAAGUACAUAUCACUGCAGUUUCCAAAAUAAAUGAACACUUUCACACAAAUUUACAGAGUUGCGAUUAAUAAAGCGUAAUUUUCGCACAAUUACUUGAAGAAUAUCAUGCUAUGACUUCAAAACAAUAUUAAUAUGCUGGGAGAUUUGAAAACUGAUGCUUUUGAACAUUAGCAUCGCACACAUCCAGCUUCAUAUCUAUGGGUUUUCAUAGAUGAUAAGUUUGUUCGGUAGCUCAUGGAGUACGGAGACGGACUUAGGAAACGUGAAGCUCCGGUUUGAAUAACUACGGUUCGACAAAGCAGUUAAAAUCUGCUUAAAAGGAAGUUCAAAUGGCACAGUUGCAUCAGCUAAUACGUUUUUAUAUCAGUUUUGCAUUUGUUUACACUAUCGGGUAGGUGUAGGGCAUAUUUCCAACAUGAUAGAGCAUUUAGCGACAGUCCCCGGAUAUUUGAAUUCUGAACCGCCGCAAUACGUAUCUGAAGCAACGUAAUAAAAAAACAGCAAUACGUACCAAUAUCUACGUAAUAAAAACGUGCCAGGGUUCACAUAUUGAACCUGUGUUUUAGCGCUACUCAGUGGACAUCUCUAUUUGAAACUGCGGCGAAACGUGCAGCAAGGUACGUAAAACGCUGUCGCACAAAAAGUGCGCAGAGGUACGUAUUUUUAUGAGACCAGGUUGUUUAAAUAUAUUGUCUCAGGAUUGUGCUGUUUUGCCUUUCUAGUUUUGUCUGGUUUUUAGUCAUUCAAUCUUGUUUUUAUUGUUGUUUUGUUUUAAUCUUACUGUAAUAUUUGUAAAGGUGGCUUUUUGAAAGCAAUGUGAAGUAUGAAUUUUAAGGGAACUCAAGUGGCAGCAGCUGUGACACUCAUCAAACUCUGUGUGGGUUUCAGCUGCUAACAUGUAUUUGCCUCGUUCAGAGAUGGAAGUAUUUAGACAACCUCAAUAGAUCAUUUGCACAUUUCAAGCUAUAAUCAAGAACUGACAUGUUGAUGUUAUUCAUU